AUGGCCCUUAAUCGAUUACAAGCCGUUCGGCAUUUAAAUCAAGCAGUUAAAAUUCUCCAAUUUUCCCACUCGUUCAGAAGCUCAGAAUGUUACUCAACUUUAGUCUUCACUGAUUCUAAAUGUUGGAGCAACUCCUCUUGCGCCUUUUUGCAGAAUGCUCUUCCAUGGAAUAAUAAAUUUCCUCAAGGUUUUUAUCGAAGCAUUGCAUAUUGCGCAACUAAUGGCUCUUGUGGGCUUCCUUGGACUUUUAGAGACCCAGAUGAACGUCAAUUGAUGAGGGCUUCCACAUUACCAAACUUCAAUUGUAUGAGGUCAGUUACCACGCAAGCAAAAGCUCCACCGCAAGCCCGACAAAUGGGGGCUCUUAAAGUUUCCAUGUUGAGUCCUGGAAUUGUAUAUGAGCCAUAUGCACCUCGUGAACCAAUGCCCUUCUGGAAAAGAUGGUUCACCAGAAAUGGUUGGAAAAGAACUAAAGAGGAUAUCAUUCUGGAGCUGAAAAGUGCUUACGCAAUUUCGAAAUUAAGGAAGUAUGGGUAUUCAAAAAAGAAGUUCUACAAUGAAGCUAUUGAUUUAUACAAAGAGAUAAACACCCAAAUGGCCAAUGGAGACAAAGGACUAUUGAGGAAAACAGUAACGGAGAACAUGUACUCUGCCCUCAAGAAUGAGAUCAAGCAAAGAGGAACAGUUUGGAGCCAUGUUAACUGGGAACUAGUGGAACCUGUUCUUAAAAUACGAACUUUGCGAGCUCGACUGAUUGGUGUUGAUCGGAAUGACCUGAGUAAGGUGUUUAUACAGCUUACACUAGAAUUUCUGACUAAACAGAAGUUUGAGGCAUAUGAUUCAAAUGGAGGAGUUGUUGCAGGAGAUAAAUAUAAAGAGGUUCUUGUACGCGAUAUUUGGGUUUUUGAGAAAUCUCUCUUCCACCCCGGAGCGUACUGGCGCCUAUGUGGACGGAUCAAAGUUUAG